AUGCAGAAAUGUGCCCGUGCCAAGCCCCAACGACCAAGUUCAGAACUCGUCGACCUCGAUAGUUUCAAGACACAUUCAGGUGACAUUCGCGCUCAAUAUAAAGAACCUCCAUCAAGAUAUUCAACGGAAAGCAAGACCACUACUGAUGCAGCUGUAGCCCCGAAGGCAAGAGAGUUAUCUCAUUCUAAGGAUUCACAAAGAGAAGCUCACAGUAUUUCAAGUGGCAUAAUAUUUCAAGAAAUAUUAGAUGAUUCGAAACUUCCUUCUGACUAUAAACACACAACAACCUUUGAACAAGACACAACGGAAUACACCACUAUGACUGCAAUGGAAAAAGUGGCUCUUGAUUUAUACGCAUAUUUAGCAGGCGAAAAUUUGAAUAACGAAAUAAACCCAUCGAUUGACGCUUUAAACUUUGACGGAUCUACUACAGUAGAGGAUGAUACUUGGACAACUGAAGCGGUGACCACAACGGAAAUGGAAACGACACCCACUACAACCACAACAACUACGACAACAACAACUACGACGACCACUACUACUCCGGCUCCAACGACCACAACUACAACGGUUGCACCAACACGCCCUUCACGCUUCAAGUCACGUCCUGGAGCAAGGGCACGUGGUUCGGUAGCUUCCAGUGCUGCUACUGAAGCACCACAAGAAACUUCAACUAAAGCUCGAGGUCGAUUUGGAAAGCCUAAUGGAGUUCGAAAGACGACAGCCGCUGCAGUGGAAGCAAGCUCAUCAGCCCCCGUCGAAAAGCCAGUAUCACAACCUAAGGCAACAACUGAAGCACCAAAGAAGGCAUCAUCAGAGACGACGGAGGAAAGCGUCAGUGACGAGAAACCCGAUUCUGAGACGGAGGCCCCUGCGGUUCCAGUUGAGACCACGGCUGCCCCCCCUCUUCGAGGACUCGACGCAUUGAUAGCGAGGCGACGAGCUGCCGGAGUAGGAGCCCGACCUGCCAGACCCGUCAGGGGCGCUAAAUUACAUAACUAG